AUGUCAACCACAUCGACCAAGUCAAAAAAAUUCAUAAGCAUGUUCAAACGAUUACGCAAAUUAAAGUUUUCAACGUGCAGCAAAAAAUCUUUACGUCGAAACAGCAUUGAGCAGCGACAGGAGAAUAAUCGGGGUACAGGAGAACCCUCCGCCAAUACAUUUGAAAAUACGCCUCUUCCCUCCUCACCCACCAAUACAAACAGGACGUUGGCAAAUGUAAACAAUCAUUCGACGAUUCAAGAACAAUCAGUCACCACCGACACCUCCUCUCCUUUAAGACACUACAAUAACAUCCCUACAAGUUUAAAUAAUUUCAUCAGGCAUUCAAAAAUUUUUCGGAGUACGUCAACUUCAAGUCCUACUUCUCCGGUGCCUAUAAAACUUAAUGUCGGUGGAAUUCUCUACGUCACCACACAGCAGACUCUAUGUAGUUGUCCGUCCUACCUUUCCGAACUUUUCUUCCUCUUUCAAUCUCCGAAUGCGACCACUUACGCAUCUUCGAAAUCAAAUCUGUUUGUCGAUUCCAGCAAUAAUCGUCAUGGGUAUCUCAAGAAUCCGGCUUCUCGUCAUCCGCAAAUUCCUUGGCCAGAAGAACUCUUCAUUGAUCGGGACG